CAUAUGCAACAAGCGUUCAUUUGAAUUGCGUUCGAAUUGAAUUCUUUUUAAAAUUCACUCAACAAAAUAUACACAUUUUACACAUUCAACAACAUUUUUUAACUACAAUGGCUGAUGAAGAACAAAGAUUACGUGAUAUUCAACGCGAAUAUUUGGAUUUUUUGGACGAUGAGGAGGAUCAAGGUACAUACAUGGUUUUAGUGAAAGAUAUGAUUGCGGAGAAAUCAAAGCGGUUAAUUGUGAAUAUAAAUGAUUUGCGAAAGAAAAAUCCAAGCCGUGCACAAUCGUUGUUGACCAAUGCAUUCGAUGAACAAUUGGCAUUCUCCAGAGCUCUCAAAGAAUAUGUAUCGACACUUCAACCGAGCUUCGCCAAAACCUUUGAGGAUUUCUUUGUUGGUUUUGAAGGUAGCUUUGGUGCUCGUCAUGUUACACCACGUACAUUAAAUUCAAGAUACCUUAGUAAUUUGGUGUGCGUUGAAGGUAUUGUAACAAAAGUGUCAUUGGUUCGGCCGAAGGUAGUACGAAGCGUUCAUUAUUGUCAAGAAACAAAGAAAACGAUUGAACGCAAAUACACCGAUUUAACAUCAUUUGAAGCUGUACCAAGCAGCUCUGUAUAUCCGACUAAAGAUGAAGACGGCAAUUUGCUUGAAACCGAAUACGGUUUGUCUGUGUACAAAGAUCAUCAAACAUUGACAAUUCAAGAAAUGCCCGAAAAGGCACCGGCUGGUCAAUUGCCACGUUCCGUCGACAUUGUCUGCGAUGAUGAUUUAGUCGAUCAAUGCAAACCAGGUGAUCGUGUACAAAUCGUUGGCAAUUUCCGAUGUCUACCUGGUAAAAGUGGUGGUUAUACAACGGGCACAUUCCGUACUGUUGUCAUUGCAAACAAUAUUUCGCAAUUGAAUAAGGAGAGUAAUUUGAAUAUUUCACGCGAAGAAGUGGCUCAAUGUAAAAAAUUAGCCAAAAACAAUGACAUCUUUGAGUUGCUUGCAAAGAGUUUAGCACCAUCCAUUCAUGGGCAUGCAUAUGUUAAAAAGGCAAUACUUUGUUUACUAUUGGGAGGCGUUGAAAAGGUCUUGACAAAUGGAACACGGUUGAGAGGUGAUAUCAAUGUUCUGUUGAUCGGAGAUCCUAGUGUUGCCAAAUCGCAAUUGUUGCGUUACGUUUUAUACACAGCGCCACGUGCCAUUCCAACAACCGGCCGUGGUUCCAGCGGUGUUGGUUUAACAGCAGCCGUUACAACUGAUCAAGAAACUGGCGAACGACGCUUAGAAGCCGGUGCUAUGGUUUUGGCCGAUCGUGGUGUUGUUUGUAUUGAUGAAUUUGACAAAAUGAGCGACAUCGAUCGAACAGCCAUUCACGAAGUCAUGGAACAGGGUCGAGUUACCAUUUCAAAGGCCGGUGUACAUGCAUCAUUGAAUGCACGUUGUUCCGUAUUGGCUGCCGCCAAUCCCGUUUAUGGAAGAUACGAUCAAUAUAAGACGCCAAUGGAAAAUAUCGGGCUACAAGAUUCGCUAUUGUCUCGUUUUGAUUUAUUAUUUGUUAUGUUGGAUACCGUUGACAGUGACAAUGAUCAACGCAUCGCUGAUUUUGUCGUACGUAUGCAUCGCUAUCGAAAUCCAAAAGAACAAGACGGUGGUGUACUUCCAAUGGGUGGCAAUUAUGCGGAAUUUUUGACCACAUUCAAUCUACAAAACGAAACUGAAGGUACAAAAGAGAUGCAAAUUUAUGAAAAAUAUGAUGCACUUUUGCAUGGUAGUUCGCGUACACGUUCGGAACAAGUGUUGUCGGUGCAAUUUAUGCGCAAGUACAUUCAUCUGGCCAAAUGUUUGAAGCCACGCUUAACACAAGAGGCAUCCGAUGUAAUUGCCAAUGAAUAUUCACGUUUGCGAUCACAAGAUCUGGAUGAUUCACAUAUGGCAAGAACACAACCAGUUACAGCACGUACAUUGGAAACGUUAAUUCGAUUGGCAACGGCUCAUGCUAAAGCACGCAUGGCAAAAACAAUAUCUGUUACGGAUGCCAAAGCGGCCAUUGAACUUGUUCAAUUUGCCUACUUCAAAAAGGUUUUGGAAAAGGAAAAACGUAAGCGUCGUCGCAGCGACGAUGGCGAAGAUUCCGAAAAUGACGAUGAUGAUGAUAACAAUGACACCGAAAAUACGGUGUCACAACCGUCUCAAGGAACACGCAAAUCAAAACGUACCAAAACCACGGAUGACACUGAAACAAUGGACACCGAAGAUAUUGAUGACACACCCAUUGUACAACCAGUUGAUGCUGGCGAUUUGACAAAGCGUACAACACGAAAAUCAAUUGGUGGCCGAUCAACGCAACAGUCAAGCGAAGGUACAACAACAACUGAAUCAAGCACUGUUACACAAAAUUACAUCAGCCAAGAUCGUCUAACGGUGUUCAAGCAAAAAUUGAAUCAAGCAUUCCGCGAUGUACGAGAACAAACAUUGGCCAUCGAAGCAUUAACCGGAGCCAUCAAUCAAAAUAUCGAACAACCAUUUAGUUUGGCUGAAGUUAAUGCAGCCAUCGAUCACAUGUCCGAAGCAAAUCAAAUUAUGGUCGCCGAUGGCAUUGUAUUUCUUAUUUAAUUUACAUUUUCAUAUCGACCUUUUCACCUUUUUUAUUAUUUUUUUUAACUUUUGAUUUGUUAGUGUUUCAUUGUUUUAAGCAUUUUUUCUCAUUUUAUCAUCAAAUUCACAUUAAACAUUAAGCAAUAAAGGAACUACCGAUGAACAAAAUUAUGUACUUAAGAUUAUCAAUAGCAUAAAUUCAACAAAUUGUAUCAUUAUGGAUUUUUUUUGAGCUGCAUAUGACAGGUCUGAAGGCUUGUGUUCACUUUACAAGAGAAGUUUUAAUGAUUCAAACUAUCAAACCAACUCCAAUCCACGAUAGCAGUAUAUAAAUGUGUGAUUUGUAAACUUUUUGACAUUCAAAAACCAAAUGACACCGAUGUAUUUAUUCCACUUUUUCGUAUCUUAAUCUCCGAUUCAAAUUAAUCUGAAAAUGAAUGUUCAUAUAACCAUUAUCCGAAUAAAUAAUUUUGUUAUGAAGAAAUGAAAA